AUGCCAUCCUCAACUUCCCCCCAUCCUGAUCAGCGAGGCGUCGAGCCGCAUCCUGCACCACCGCGCAACAUCAACGGCAACGUUGACUACGAGCCUCACCCCGAGAACUCCAUUUCCAUCUCACCAGAGCGAGCAGAGAUCCAAAGGCACAUUCUUUCUCUUUAUGCCGGAAGUGCCUCGAAAGACGAUAUGGAAGUUUACACCGAGCAGGCUAUCUACGACGACCCGUUCAGCUAUUGCGAUACGCGGUACAAAAUUGCAGGCCAGUGGUACGGUGUGCCCAAGCUGUUCUCCAAAUCCGAAACCAUAGCUACGGAAGUCACCUCAUCAACGGAGCAUGAACUUGCAUGGAAGCAGCGCCGGAAGUAUACGUUGGCGGGCAUCCAUGCGUCAAAAGUUGCAGAUAGUCUAGUCAGUUUGAAGCUGCAGAGAAGUGGGCCUGGGGAGAAGGUUGUUUAUCAUAAGGAUAUGUGGAAUGAGAAAGAUUAUUCUCAUGACGGGCUAGGCGCGGCCAUCAAGAAACUGCAUGGGGAUAAGUUGACGCAUGUCACAAAGCCCCCGGAGUCCGUUUAG